CACUUCCGCCCCCUCCGCCUGCCAUUGGAACUAGCUGCGCUGGGCAAGUCGCGGCCGCCGAGCAGCCGGCGCUCCUGUCCUCCUCCUCCUCGCCUCCUCUUCCUCUCGCCUUUCCUCUUCUUCCGUGGCCGACGCCGCCCCGAGGCCUCGCGACCGCCGAGGCCGCAGCCCGCGCCGCGGCCGACAUGAGCUUCUUGUUUGGUAGUCGCUCUUCUAAAACUUUUAAACCAAAGAAGAACAUUCCUGAAGGUUCUCACCAGUAUGAACUCCUAAAACAUGCAGAAGCCACACUUGGCAGCGGCAACCUCCGGAUGGCCGUGAUGCUUCCUGAGGGGGAAGAUCUGAAUGAGUGGGUUGCAGUUAACACUGUGGAUUUCUUCAAUCAGAUCAACAUGCUUUAUGGAACCAUCACAGACUUCUGUACAGAAGAGAGUUGUCCAGUGAUGUCAGCCGGCCCAAAAUAUGAGUAUCACUGGGCAGAUGGGACAAACAUAAAGAAGCCUAUUAAGUGCUCUGCACCAAAGUAUAUUGAUUACCUGAUGACUUGGGUUCAGGACCAGUUGGAUGAUGAGACGUUAUUUCCAUCAAAAAUUGGUGUACCGUUUCCGAAGAAUUUCAUGUCUGUGGCAAAAACUAUACUCAAACGCCUCUUUAGGGUUUAUGCCCACAUUUAUCAUCAGCAUUUUGACCCUGUGAUCCAGCUUCAGGAGGAAGCACAUCUCAAUACAUCUUUCAAGCACUUUAUUUUUUUUGUCCAGGAAUUCAACCUUAUUGAUAGAAGAGAACUUGCACCACUCCAAGAACUGAUUGAAAAACUCACCUCAAAGGACAGAUAAAAGGAUGCAGAGCUGUGCAAGUUCCUCAAAUGAAGCAGUGUGGAGUAUAUUUGGGUUUUCAUUGUAUUUUGUUUUUAUCUGGAUUAUUUUUGUCUUAGGUUUGGGAGGCUUGUUUGGGUUUCUUUUUCUUUAUUCCGAAUACAUGAAACCAUAUUCUGUUGUCAGAGAAAGCCUAGAACCAUUAUCUAUACAUUUGAUUGGGGUAAAUUUUGAC